GCUUCACUUAACUCAGCAUCCUCUGUCCGCCCUCGUCUAUUCCCUUCGUCCCUUCUCCCUCAGACGCCGACAUCGCCUCAAUCGUACGACGAGUUUGCCCUCGCCCGGCACGCGUCUCUCCACAACUCUCACCCUUCCACAGGCUCCGCUCUUUCGUUCCCACUAGGUUUACUCGAUCUGCACCACAUCGCGCUGAGCACGCCCAUUCCGUUUUUUAUUAUCCGCAAUCCCGGCGCGCGCCUGUCUCUCUUAUCAUGUCCUCUUCAGACGACGACACUCCUCUUGUGAGAGGAAAAGACCAAGUAAAGUCCAACGAACAGAUCACCAAGGAGGAAGACAGAAAAAUGGACGCCCAAGUCCCUUCCAAUGGUCACAUCGAGCCCGGUAUCUCAAUUCGCAUGGGUCCAGUCGCCGACGACGACAAGAUGGAUGUCGAUGCGCCUGAGACCAACGGAAAGCGCAAGUCGCGCAGCAGCGUCACAAACAGUAAAUCGUACAAGGACGCCAGUAGCUCCGAGGACGACGACAAACCUCUGAGUAAGCGACGGCGGACAUCACAGCAAGCAAAACUCACCAAGGACGACUCCGAUUCAGAACUCAGCGACGUGCCUCUCAAGGCCAGAGUGCUCCCCAAAGCAAGCGCCGAGCAAAUCGGGGAGUCUGCCGACUCCGACGUGCCUCUCGCCACGAAGCUCAUCAAGAAGAAGGAGUCUAUUGAGAAGGCCGCCGCAAAGGAGGCCAAGGCUAUGCGCAACAAGGAGAAGGCUGCCCCGAAGCGCAAGCAGAAGGUAGAAAGCGACAGCGACGACGACAUCCCUCUUGCGAAGAAGAAGGCUCCGGCCAAGAAGGCGAAUGGAGUGAAGAAGGAAGAGUCCGACUCUGACGCACCGCUCGCCAAAAAGGCCGCUCCGAAGAAAGCCACCAAGGCGAAGCCUGUCGCUGCUGCCGCGCCUGCUAAGAAGGGCAAGGGCAAAGUCAAGAAAGAGGAGACUGAACAAGACGAGGAGGCUGAGGACGAAGAGGAAGAGUACCGCUGGUGGGAGGACCCAGGCAAGAGUGAUGGCACCAAGAAGUGGGAUACGCUGGAACACGCCGGUGUUGUCUUUCCUCCCGAGUACGAGCCCCUUCCCAAACACGUCAAGUUGGUGUACGAUGGCGUACCUGUCACCCUACACAAGGAUGCCGAGGAGGUGGCUACUUUCUACGGAAGCAUGCUGAACUCUACCCACAACAUCGAGAACCCUACCUUUAACAAAAACUUCUUCGAAGACUUCACUAAGGUUCUGGACAAGACUGGACACGGCAAGGACAAAGAUGGAAAUACAGUCAAGAUCAAGAAGUUUGAGAAGUGCGACUUCAAGCCCAUCUUCGAAUGGUUCGACGCGGAGCGCGCUAAGAAGAAGGCUCUCUCGCAAGCCGAGAAGAAAGCGCUCAAGGCUGAGAAGGAGGCUGCUGAGGCUCAGUACAUGUACUGCCUGUGGGACGGUCGCAAGCAAAAGGUUGGCAACUUCCGCGUUGAACCCCCCGGUCUCUUCCGUGGUCGUGGUGAGCAUCCCAAGACCGGUCGUGUGAAGGAGCGCGUUAUGCCCGAGCAGAUCACUAUCAACAUUGGCGAGAAUGCCAAAGUCCCUGAGCCACCCGCGGGUCACAAAUGGAAGGCGGUCAAGCACGAUCACGAAGGCACAUGGCUGGCUAUGUGGCAAGAAAACAUCAACAGUGCUUACAAGUACGUCAUGCUUGCUGCCAACUCCGACAUCAAGGGCCAGAGCGACUUCAAGAAGUUCGAGAAGGCGCGAGAACUCAAGAAGCACAUCGACCGCAUCCGCAAAGAUUACCGUAAAGAUCUCAAUUCUAAGAUGAUGGCUGAUCGUCAACGUGCUACCGCCAUCUACCUCAUCGAUCAAUUCGCCCUCCGUGCUGGUAACGAGAAGGGAGAGGAUGAGGCUGACACCGUCGGUUGCUGCUCGCUCAAGUUUCAACACAUCACUCUGAAGCCGCCGGAGACUGUCAUCUUCGACUUCUUGGGUAAGGACAGUAUUCGGUUCUACGACGAAGUCAAGGUCGACCCGCAAGUCUUCAAGAACCUGAAGCUCUUCAAGAAGGAGCCCAAGACCACAGGCGAUGACAUUUUCGAUCGACUGACUACAUCGGGUCUCAACAAGCAUCUGACAAGCUACAUGCCUGGUCUCACCGCAAAGGUCUUCCGUACCUACAAUGCCUCGUACACAAUGGCUCGGCUGCUUAAGGAGAUGAAGGCCACUGGUACAAUCCAGGAGAAGGUGAAGGCUUACAACGAUGCCAAUCGUGAAGUUGCUAUCCUCUGUAACCACAAGCGUACUGUUGCUGCGAGUCACGCAACCUCCAUCGAGAAGAUGAAUGAGAGGAUUAAUGGUCUUCGUUAUCAGGUUUGGAGGACCAAGAUGAUGAUUGACGUGGACCCGAAGAUCAAGAAGAAGAAGGGUGCUGAGUUUUUCGAGCGACCCGAAGACCUCGACAUGGAGUGGGUCAAACAGCACCAGGAGGCAGAAAUCGAAGAGAUGCGACAGAAAAUCACCAAGAAGUUUGAGAAGGAGAACGAGAAGCUCAAGGCUGACGGCGAGAAGGAGAUGAAGCCUAAGGAACUCGAGGAGCGUAUGGACAAGGUGAAUGAGCUGGCCGCCAAGUACAAGAAGGAGAACAAGACUGGCAAAGUCGAAGCUGAGGGCAAGGGACCAACAGUCGAGAAGCUUGAAGCCAACAUCGACAAGCUCAACCAGCGCAUUGAGAAUAUGAAGAUCCAGAUGGAGGACAAGGAGGGCAACAAGGAGGUUGCCCUGGGCACAUCUAAGAUCAACUACAUCGACCCUCGCCUCACUGUGGUCUUUUCCAAGAAGUUCGAUGUACCCAUCGAGAAGUUCUUCUCCAAGACACUUCGCGAGAAAUUCGACUGGGCUAUCAAGUCAGUCGACGAGACUUGGGAGUUCUAGAGCAUAGCAUGCAUGUAGGGCGGCUUUUUCUUGUCUUCGGACAUUUUCUUAGAUUUGCAUUGGGUGCACGCAGCAUCAUAGGGUGAGAGUGACUGGGCGAUAUGCGACGAAGAAAAGUACGGUGGCAUUUAGUACGACUUCUGUGUCCAAGGCAAUGGGCGGUGCGGUUCGGCGAGCAUGCGACAUGACUUUGCGAUCUCAUUAUACAUUAACGAGUCACUGCAUAGCGUCAAGAUAUUCAUAGUAGCUCUGCGAUCUAGCCACUCAUCUUCAACAAUAUAUCAAAUAGAGACUCGACUGAAAUUGAUUACUGAUGCAUAUGCAAGUGCGGGAC